AAGUAGGGGUAGAGCAAUAUACAAUGAUGGCUGAAUUAAAAGUUUUAUGUAACGGGAUUCCUGAUCAACUUCCUGAACUUAAACCACGAGAUACAUCUAUACCUCAUGCUCCGUUUCGUAACAACAACUUGUCUGAGGAGGAAAGGAAGACGGCAAUAAAGAACGCACUUCGUUAUUUUGCACCAAAACAUCAUAAAUUGUUGGCGACAGAAUUUGCAGAAGAAUUGAGAAACUACGGCCAUAUUUACAUGUACCGGCUGUUGCCUCAGUUUCAACUGAAGGCCUACCAUAUAGAUGCUUACCCAUGCGUAUGUAAACAUGCAGCAGCCAUCAUGUUAAUGAUAAUGAACAACCUCGACCAUGUAGUUGCGCAGUACCCCCAUGAGUUGGUAACAUAUGGGGGAAAUGGACAAGUCUUCAGUAACUGGGCACAAUUCUGGCUAACCAUGGGUUAUUUAUCCCGUCUCACCACCAACCAAACCCUCGUAAUGUGCUCCGGUCACCCACAAGGUUUGUUCCCAAGCAACUCUUCAGCUCCUCGUGUGGUGAUAACCAACGGAAUGGUGAUCCCCAACUACUCCACUUCUGCUGACUACGACCGCAUGUUUGCCAUGGGUGUUACCAUGUACGGACAGAUGACUGCGGGUAGUUAUUGUUACAUUGGUCCACAAGGAAUAGUUCACGGGACCACCAUCACUGUUAUGAAUGCAGGGCGCAAAUACCUCAACGUGGAAAACCUGCGUGGAAAAGUUUUCCUCACAAGCGGGUUAGGGGGUAUGAGUGGGGCUCAAGCUAAAGCUGCAACAAUAGCUGGUUGUGUUGGAAUAAUAGCAGAGAUUGACGAGACCGCUCUCAACAAGCGAUACAACCAAGGUUGGCUGAUGAAGAAAACAUCGGAUCUCGAUGAUUUGAUCCGGAUGUUGCGGGAUGCCCGGGGCGGGGGGGAGGUUGUCAGCAUCGGGUACCAUGGAAACAUAGUUGAUUUAUGGGAACGUUUGGUUGAGAUUUACGAAGAGACGGGUGAAUGCCUCCAUGAUGUAUAUUACAGAUUACGCCGCCAAGUAACAGCCAUCAACAAACUGACCACUGGAGGGCUCCACUUCUGGGAUUACGGGAACGCCUUCUUAUUUGAAGCCAAGCAAGCAGGUGGAGAUGUUUUGGUGGAAGGUGAAGUUUCAACAUCAACAACAACAAAGUUUAAAUAUCCAUCUUAUGUGCAGCAUAUAAUGGGUGACAUCUUCUCCCUUGGGUUUGGUCCAUUCCGAUGGGUUUGUACCUCCGGAUGUAAACAUGAUCUUCAACAAACGGAUCAGAUCGCUGCUGAUGUUAUUCAGUCGCUCAUGAAGGAGAACAUAUCCCCCCCAGUGAUGCAACAAUAUUCCGAUAACUUGAAAUGGAUCCAAGCAGCUCAUGAUCACCAACUAGUGGUUGGAUCUCAGGCUCGUAUUUUGUAUUCUGACCAACAAGGACGCAUCAAAAUCGCUCAGGCAUUUAAUCAGGCAGUCAGCGAGGGUAAAAUCAGCGCUCCUGUUGUGAUAAGUCGGGACCACCAUGACGUCAGUGGGACGGAUAGCCCCUAUCGCGAGACUUCCAAUAUUUAUGAUGAAUCGGCUUUUUGUGCGGACAUGGCAGUCCAGAACUGCAUCGGAGAUUCCUUUCGUGGGGCAACAUGGGUGGCCCUGCAUAAUGGGAGUGGAGUAGGGUGGGGCGAAGUGGUAAAUGGGGGCUUUGGGGUCGUAUUGGACGGAUCUGAGGAUGCGGGGUUAAAAGCGGGGUCAAUGCUGGCGUGGGACGUUAGUAAUGGGGUGACCCGUCGUGCAUGGGCGGGCAACGUUAACGCCAUGGAUACGAUCAAGGUUGCCAUGACAAUCGACCCCAACCUGGAGGUCACCCUCCCCAGUCAUGUGACAGACGACGUUCUCAAUGGUCAGAUUUAAGGGGUGUGUCAUGCCAAUGAUAUUGGGUGUAGAUAUUUUUUAAAACCAGAGUGAACUCAUGCAGCUUAUGGUGUAUAUGCAAUAUGGUGAUGCUAAGAUAUUUACCUAGAUGUAUUAUAUCAGUGCCUAAAACCUUUUUUUGUACUUAUAUCAGCGCCUCAAAACCUUUUUUUUUGUACUUAUAUCAGCGCCUCGAAACCUUUUUUUUGUAAAACCCGAAACCUUUUUUGUGGGUAAUUCAUCAGCAAAGCUUUGACAUUAGAAUUUCCGAAACCUAAUUUCACAGAACUUUUUGUAAGCAUUCAAUGAACUUUUACAAUAACAGUCAAAGGGUCACUAUAGUACGCGACCUAACUAAAUCAAAUGGUGACCCAGGGGUUACAAAUCGUUUAAAAACUUUCCAAUUUUAUUAGCUUUAUUUUAAAGUUCAAACAUUUUGUAAGCUUUGCAGCAUAUUUUUGCGGUGGGUGUGUUAAUCCUGUACAGCAUAAUUGUGUAUUUCGGUGGUUUAUGUAUUAAUACCUGAUGUUUUAACACUUACAAUUCAUUCAUACAAUACACAACUAUAAACUGCCUAAAACCAGUCAAAAAUACAAACAAAACAGCUCAUAUUUGUUGUAUCAUAUAUAUGUGCUGUUAAGUUUGUAUUGAAACUGACCAGAAGGUGUUUUUUUUUCAGUUAAAUAUAAUUUACACAAGUUUUAUAAAUCGUGCAAUUUAUUUGUAACUGUGCACUAAGUCAAGCAGUGUUAACCAGUAUACUUGGAAUAACGUUUAAUACAAUCAUAUACAACUCGUUAACUUA